AUGUUCUUCGGGGGAUUCCCAGGCAUGGAUGGCCUUCCAGGCGGCGGAAGGAAGGGCGGUGGAAAGGGCAACAAGAGAGCGGACACCAGUAAGUUCUACAAGCUGCUAGAAGUGGACAAGAACGCUUCUGAGUCCGACAUCAAGAAGGCCUACAGGAAACUUGCAGUGAAGCACCACCCCGACAAGGGCGGAGACCCUGAGAUGUUCAAGGAAAUCACCCGUGCUUACGAGGUCCUCAGCGAUUCAAAGAAGAGGGAUACCUACGACAGGUUCGGUGAGGAGGGUCUGGAGGAAGGUGGCGGUGGCGAUGCAGAGGACAUCUUCUCUGCCUUCUUCGGUGGAGGACGCCGGGGCGGGGGAAGCAAGCGGCAGAAGACCAAGGACGUUGUGCAGCCUUUGAAGGUGACUUUGGAGGGCCUCUACUCCGGACAGACCAAGAAGAUGGCCAUCACCCGCCAGGUGGUGGACAAGGAAAAAGGCGUCAAGGAUUGCCCGAAGUGCGAGGGGCGCGGCGUCCUGAUCGAGAUCAUUCGAAUGGGCCCGAUGAUCCAGCAGGUCCAGCAGCCCUGUGACAACUGCGGAGGAACCGGCAAAGUCUAUGCCACGAAGAAUGAGAGGGAGGUACUUGAGGUGCACAUCCAGAAAGGUGCUGUGGACGGACACAAAAUUCAAUUCCGCGAGAUGGCUGACGAGCAUCCAAAUGCGGACACAGGUGAUGUCGUGUUCGUCUGCAAGGAACAGGAGCACCCAGUCUUCAAGCGCAAGGGAGCUGACCUCUUCAUGGAGAAGAAGAUCUCCCUGGUCGAGGCCCUCUGCGGCUUCGAAACGGACAUAACUCAUCUGGACGGGCGGAAACUGCUGGUGAAGACAGCCCCCGGUGAGAUCAUCAAGCCGAUGGAGGGAAAUUUUGACCCACUUGCAGCGCAGGAGUCAAAGACCGAGUGGGAAGUCAUCGAGGAUGCGGAUUGCCCGUCCAUUGACAACGUUGCGCAGGCAGACACCACCGACGUUGACGCGUUGAAGAAGGCAUGUGAGACGCAGCUCAAGAAGAAGGGUAUUGACGUGGGCGCGUUCGUUGUGGAUGGCAAGCGGGCAUUCUUCAAGCAGUGCACCCGCCAAGAGGCGCUGGCGGUGAAGAAGACAUCCAAGGGCAAGACCAUGUACAUAGUGGCCGACCCUGAUGCCAACAAACGCCUCCGAAUGAUGCAGGCCUUGAAAGGCGAAGGGAUGCCGACAGUCAAGAACCCCUUUGUGCACGGCAAUUUGUUCUUGAUAUUCACCAUCGAAUUCCCAGAGUCACUCAGCGUGGAGACUCAGAGCUCCUUGAGAAAGAUGCUACCCUCACCCUUGAACAAGCCAAAGUUCAAGAAGGAUGACAAGGAUGUGGAGGUCCACACCCUGACGCACAUGGAUCCCGUGGCUUCCUUCAAUGAGAACAAGAUCAACAUGAAGGGUGGUGGUGAGGCUUACGAUGACGAGGACGAUGACGAUUGUGGCAUGCGUAGUGGACCUGGACAGCACGUGCAGUGCAACCAGCAGUAA